AUGCCUCCGAGGCGAGACCACACUCCUCCCACCCCACACCCGGCUGGACAGGUCCCCAUACCCUUCGAGAAGGGCGUUGCGGAGGAGCGAUACUCGCAGUUCGUCGCCCCCAUCAAUACGCGAUAUCUCGACUUGACCAACCCGAAGCCGACUACCCUCAGCGACACCCCUACACCCGCUCUCACAGACCAGCCAUUCGCUGGCACAAUCGAAGACCUGCGCUUCUGUCCCGCACUGUUCGACAACUUGCGCGACUUUGUCGAGGAGGACAUCGUCAAGAAAGCGCUCGGAUGGCACAACUCCGAAGGUUCAGUCGAGGUCUUCAUUGAGGUCAAGGACGUCAAGGUCGUUGAUGAGGAGACGUUCAUCCGGUUCGAGAACGCCGCCGUCGACCGUCCAAAGUUCAAGAUGGCGUCUGGUCUUCCGCUCGACUGGAAGUCGGUGUCGCAGCCGUCGCUCCCCUCAUCCUCGUCCACCGCGACUCCUACUUCGUCCACCGCGACUUCCACGCCGCUGCCUCCCACCCGCCGCGCCCUCAGAUCGAAGGCCGCGUCGGCUCCGCCGGCUGUUCCUACUAUCCACAAAUCGCCCAAGAGCCGCGUCGUCCAACAGUUCGAGGCUAUCGUCGGCGCGCCUUGCCCUAUCAUCACGAAGCAGACCACCGUGGAUCCGAAGCAGCAAGAACCGCGGGAGAAGCGGAAGCAGCCGCACCUGAAGCAGUGGGAGAGCUUCGGAAUCCACGACGCGACGGAGCAGCCGAUCCCGUUCCAGCAUCUUUCGUUGCGCGAUCAGCAAGUGCUCCUACUGUACCAGCAGCUCGCCGUCCAGGUCGCCGUCAUGCGCCAGCGUCGACCAAAUGCACCCUUUCUCGCCGCCAUGCUCUCGACGCCUGCGCACGCGCUCUUUCUGAUCAAUAUCGAAAAGACGUUCAUCGUUGGUCGACACACAUCCGACCUCUCGCUCGCCUCGCGCACGCUCAACGCCCUUGCCUACCUCACCAUCCAGGCUAGUAGGCGGUCUCUGCCUCGAAUCGACCCCCAGACGGCCACCUUGCGCGAGCUCGGCGAAUGGUUCCGUACUCUCCAACCCGUGCUCCGCCUCCGUGGGGUCGGGUCUUCGUCGGCCUCGUCAGAGUGGUUGACGGCGACAUCUACGGCACUCGAUGGCGCGAACUCGCUGUCGUUCUCCUCGCCAUGCCACUCCCCCUCGCCCCGCCACUCCCCUUCCUUGACUCUGCAACCCUCUUCUCCAUCGUCACCAUGCCCUUCCCCGCCCUCCUCAGCGCCACCUACACCAGCCCCUUCGCCCUCCUCAGUGCCGCCCGCCCCUCCGUCUGCUUCCGCGCCUCUCGUCUCGUCUCCUCCUGUCGUUCUGCCGCCGGUCAGCGACUCAGACCGCUCCGGUUUCCCAACCUCGCGCUUCGACUUCGCUGUUCAGUCGGUUCCAAAGGACCAGUCGGCUUCUGCGGCGGCGCACUUAACGCAGACGCUCGAGUCUGCCGCCUGCAUCAGCGUCUUGUCGAGCGAAGAUGAGCUCGACGACAUCGUCGGGAUCUUCCAGCGUACGACAGAUGCGCCAGCCUCGACUCCCGCCCAUACCAUGCCGGAAUGCUCACUUGUGCUACGCAAGUGGCUCGGGAGCGGCGCUGUCGGCGACAUGUACGCGGACGCGACGGGCGUGGUGGCGGCAAAAGUGGUGAGGCCGUGCGCAGGCGAGCAGCCGGACGAGUUCCGCGCUCGUAUGAUCGCAGCCCUCUACGAGCGCAACCUGCUCGAGUCCCUCGACAACCAAGUCACGGGCAUCCCGCGCUACUUCGGCGCGUUCAUUCGGCACAGUGCGGCCGGUCCAAGCCUCAUCCUCCUUUCGCAACGUGUGCCUGGGCUCGCGCUCGACUCGUGGGCUAUGGUUCGACAACACCGCGACGCCUGCCUCGACGCCGUCGACAAGCUGCACAAGGCCGGCGUCCACCACGGGGAUCUCCGACCGCCUAACAUGAUUCUCGGAUACGACUCGUCCAUCACUAUCGUCGACUUCAACCGGGCAAGACGCAACGUCGCUCCUGAAGAACUCGAGGCGGAGUACGCUCAGUUUGUUCACGAUAUCCAGCACGCAGAAGAUACGGCGGACAAGACUGAGAGCAAGUAG